GUUCUAGGUUUUUCGAGAAAUUCUGCCCUUGAGCGUACGGUCAUUAGACUUGUGCGGACUUGCGCGACUACUUGCGUUGUCCUUUGCGAGUGUUCGGAACUUUUCCUGCGGAAAUUAGCGUUUAAGAAGAUGCCUCGUCAAAGGAGGGCACCAGCUGCACCGAUGAGGCGGGCCCCUGCACCCCCACCAACCCGAGCACCGGCUGCACCGGCACCAGCCAGGGCCGCAGCUGCCCCUACACAGCCUGUGCCAACCCAGGCACACCCUCCGGCACCCAUGAUGUCCCAGCCUCAGCAGCCUGGCAUGUUUGCUCAAAUGGCCACUACCGCGGCUGGAGUUGCCGUUGGCUCUGCUGUGGGCCACACCAUUGGUCAUGCCCUGACCGGUAGCUUCGGAGGGGGAGGCGCUGAGGCAGCUCCCGCUGCUGCUGCUCCUGCGGCUGCUGCACCACCCAUGCAGCCACAGCAGCAGCUGAGUGGCCCAUGCCAGUACGAGCUCAAGCAGUUUUUGGAGUGCGCCCAGAACCAGCAUGACAUCUCGCUGUGCGAGGGCUUCAACCAGGUCCUCAAGGAGUGCCGACUCCAGCAUGGUGGAGGCAUGUGAAGUAGACCAAGAAUCUGUGCUGUUGGGCCCACUUCAGGAACAAGCUGAUCAACCAUGCUGAGGAGGGCAUUAUCUUUGUGCGCAUGUGUAGAAAGUAAUAAAAGAGAAAGUUCUGUAGCAUGUUA